GCUCCCAGGCAAUCACCCUCUACUAGAAGGAAUGGAUGAACAAGAGGAAAAUGAUGAAUAUCGGUACCUAUUUGCUAUAUGGAAACCAGGUGAAAACGCAGAAUCAAGCGAGCCACCCAUAAAUCACUGUAGCUUUCAAGGAUUUGAUGAACUCUGCAACAACAUGGCUUGCUUUCGAUGCAACGGUUUACGGGAAGCAAAAUCAGAAACAGUUAGAGGCACACUUCUGAUACCUUGCAGAACAGCAAUGAGAGGGAGAUUCCCACUAAAUGGAACUUAUUUUCAAGUCAAUGAGGUUUUUGCUGAUAACAAGUCCAGUAAAGACCCGAUUGUUGUUCCUAGGAAUUGGUUAUGGAACCUCCCAAGAAAAAUUUGUUAUUUUGGAACCGGCAUUUCAACAAUUUUCCGAGGUCUAACAAUGGAAGAGAUACAAUUCUGCAUGGGUCAAGGAACUGUAUGCAUCCGAGGAUUUGACAGGGAAACAAGAAGAGUAGAACUUCUCUAUAAAAAGAUUACAUGUUCCUGCAAAUCAACACGUUUUGGUUUACAUGGGAAUUCUGUAUGA